AUUAUCUAUCUACACAAUUUUAUCGCUAGUUAUUUUUCAUAGAAAAGUCACAUGACUCAUAUCUCUAGACACAAAAAAUACAUUGAACUACAACAGCCCCAACUAGUAAAUAUAUUUCUUAAUAUGCUGUAAUGCUGGCUACGUUAGAUAAUGUCAAGAAAGUUUUAAAGCCAGUUAAACCAGAUCCUUCAAAUACUGAAUCUGAAUUAGCUACUACUAAGACAAAAUCAGGUAAAAUAUUAGAAAAAAUAGAAGAUGACGUAUUUUUAGUAAACCAGAUAAAAGGUUUUUCCAAAGGUGAUAUUGUUGAUUUGGAUAAAGAACUUGAUAAACUUUUAAUACAAAGUGAAAGAGAAGAGGACAAUUUAGUAUCUAGUCAGAAAGAACCAGUUGACUGGUCUGAUGCAACGAAUUAUCUCAAGAAUAUCGAUACCAAACAAUUCAGACAGUAUGAGUUAGCUUGCGAUCGAGUUAAGCAAUUUUAUGAAGAACAACAUGAAAAACAAACGGUGGCAUAUAAUAUUCAAGCUCGAAUUAAUUUUAAGACUAAAUCAAGAGCGAAGAUGACAAUUUGGGAAGGAUUAGAAAAGUUGAAUAAAUUAUUAGAUGAUUCAGAUCCUGAUACUGAAUUAAGUCAAAUUGAUCAUGCUUUACAAACAGCUGAAGCAAUUAGAAGAGAUGGAAAACCAAGAUGGUUUCAAUUAGUGGGGCUCAUUCAUGAUUUGGGAAAAUUACUCUACUUUUUUGAUUCAAAGGGACAAUGGGACGUAGUAGGUGAUACAUUUCCCGUUGGUUGUAAACCUCUGAAAAAGAUCAUAUUUCCUGAUAGUUUUAAAAGGAAUCCAGACUUUGUUAAUCCUUUGUAUAAUACCAAAUAUGGUAUUUACUCUAAAAAUUGUGGAUUAGAUAAAGUUAUGUUAAGUUGGGGUCAUGAUGAGUAUAUGUAUCACGUAGCCAAGGGUAAUUCAACUUUGCCACCGGAAGCUCUAGCUAUGAUUAGAUAUCAUUCAUUCUAUCCUUGGCACCAGGAGUAUGCAUACAGCUAUCUCAUGGAUGAUCACGAUAAACAAAUGUUGAAAGCGGUUAAGGCAUUCAAUGCAUACGAUUUGUAUUCAAAAACUGAAGAAGUUUUCGACGUUGAGACUCUUAAGCCUUAUUAUCUAGACUUGAUUGAUGAAUAUUUUCCAAAGAAGAUCAUAGAGUUUUAAUCAAGCUAUUUUUGUUGUAUUCUUUUGUUUCAGGUUUAGGUUUCAUUUUAUUGGUAUUUAUUUCAUUUCCAUUUCCAUUUUCAUUUCCAUUUCCAUUAUUUAAAUUGUAUUAUAUGUAUAUAUAUGUAUAUAACCAAAUGUAUGCCUAC